AAUGCAACAUACAUGUACACUGCCAAAACGCAUGGGUGGGUGUCGCAGGGCUCGUGUGUGUAACGAAGGCAGCGUGUUUCGAUUGAGCAGGAAAAUAAAAGAAACUUCUUUUUUGUUUACUUAUCACCCUAGAGUAUCAGGUAUCAGGAUGAACUGAUCAGAUGAGUUGUUCCUAAGAGUUCAUCAUUUCCUAACCAUCACCAUGGCAUUUAUGCCAAAUCCACAACAGCAACAACAGCAACAGAUGCAAAUAAAGGAGUUUCGCGAUUUCCUCUCUUCCUACAAUCGUUUGACGGAAUCCUGCUUCGUUGAUUGCAUCAAAGACUUCACGGGAAGAAAGCUGUUGGACAAAGAGACAAAGUGCACCUCCAACUGUAUGGACAAGUACCUGAAGAUGACAAUGAGGGUAUCACAGCGCUUCCAAGAAUACCAGGUGCAACAGAACGAGGGGCUCCUAGCUGCCAAGCAGAAAGCGAUGGGGGGCCAAUAGUGAAGGAUGGAGAAAACUCAUUUAUGAGUGACCGAUUGGGCCACACACUUGGUUUGCAGUUGUACAAGUAAUUGAAAGGAAUUUAUUUGUGACUCGGCUUGGACAGUUGUCACGGUUUACUGCAGACAGAAGUAUUGCUGCUGCAUUCUGAGUGCCAGACCACGCUCCUGUCCAACUCGUAAAUCAGGAUUCUCUACCCAUUGCGCCCAGCACUGGGGUUUCUUUCAGGCAACGUAACUGCACAAGGAACUUUUUACUGUUUAGAAGUUUUUAAGAAACCUCACUCAAAUAUUUUGAGUGUAUUUGGGACUGUCUGCGGAGAUAUCAUAUUUAACUCGGCACAACAAAAUUUUGUUCCAUAAAUUCCACGUAUUUCCAUUUCAAGCCAGAAAGAUUUUAUUAAAGCACUCUCCGAUUGGAUCAGUCCAGAGUCUUGCUAAAUUUCUGUGUUUGCUUUCAAAGCCAUGGAUUUCAUUUUUUGUAGACACACCUUUUUGUUCUUGCAAGAAGGAAAUGACACCUGAUGGCUUUUGAUCCGUAACUUGAAUACCGAGUACAUCAUCUCGAACUUUUUUACACAGCAGGAGUUGACCUACAUGCUGCCGGAUUCAAUUAAAAUGGCCAUGCAAACAUA